AUGACAGCACUUUUAUCGCUCCCGAAUGAAAUCCUGCAUCGGAUCGUCUAUUAUGCCGAUCGCGAGGAAUUGCUCCAGUUGAGGCUUGUGGGUCGGUCGCUGAGCGAUGUUAGCAGGAAGUACCUGUUCCAGUCUGCCCGCGUGGUGCCGACGGAUGAAAGUUGUGAGAAAUUCGAGAAGAUCUUGAAUGAUCCGUUCCUUGCUUCGUGCGUGACGAAGGUGUAUUUGGAUACCACUGAUUGGGACAAUGUGAGUUUUGACCUCGUUGGAGGAACUUUUGAUCGGGUGCUGACAUGCGACAAGGAAAUUGACAUCGAAGAGUAUGAUGACGACGAGGGCGAGGAGCUAUUUCUUCCGACAAGAUAUAGCAACCUUUUCAAGCGGCUCAAGGAGUUCCCUAGACUCCAGGGGGCUGUGUUGCGUUUUGAGCACGAGUGUUAUAGCCCGAGAUCAAUAGAAUCGAUCUAUGUCGACUGUCAACAAGAACCUGACUUCCGUGAGAGCGUCCUGGAGUCGUUUAUGGAAUCAUUGACUUCCUUGCCCCGACCUAUCCAAGAGCUUGGUCUUCGCGAUCUCCAGAAUCUCAACCAGACGGACGAAGCGCUCGUCGAGAAUAUCAAGGAAGUGCUAAGAGGGCUUCACACACUACGCCUGAAUAUCACGAACGAACAUAGCGAAGGAAACGGAGAGAAUGAUCUGGAACAUGACGAACCGCACUUGUUCUUCUCAGAGCUGCCUUCCUUCUGGUUGCAGCCCACAUUGGCAAACCUGCAACAUCUGACCCUCUACUCGAGCAACUACUACGGCUUCUACCCGAAAUUCGACCCGACGGGGCUACAUUUCCCUCAACUGAAAACGCUCGCUCUCGGUAACCACGCCUUCAUCCACGACUCGCAACUCGACUGGAUCCUCUCGCACGCCGAUACACUCACGGAGCUGUAUCUAGACGACUGCCCAAUCCUCUAUGAAGUCGCAAUCUACGCGAAAGAAAAAACAUACCUGGACCCAACCUCCUUCGGGUUCAAAGACGGUCUCGGAGAGAAACAUUACGCGACAUAUGACAAGCGCUGGCACGAUUAUUUCAACGCCUUCAACGACAAGCUCCCGCAUCUGAGACAUUUCCGGUACGGCCACUGCCCGUUUUGGUGGGAUGAAGGAAGCCCUCCGUUCGAACAGGAGCAGCAUAUCAAGCUGAGUUUGGCGAAGGAUAGAUACAUGGUGUUUUGUGAUGGGUUUGGACCUAGUCCGUACAUGGAGGAAAUGAUAUAUCGUGAAGGUGGAGGGCGGGCGCGGCCUGAUUGUUAUGCGGAGGAUGAGAAGGCGUUGGUGGCGUUGUGUGCGAAGUUGGGGUAUAAGGCGGAGCCUGAUCCGGAUGAAGAUUUAUAUGGGCAUUUCUCGUAA